AUGCGCAACAACUGGCUCAAGCGUAUCAGGGAUAAGAGUAAGAUCAAGGUUAGCAACCCCAAGGAAGUUGUGGAUGAGGCCAUUCCCUCUACCGACGAGUUGAUUACGGUUGCUGUUGGUACGUUUGCCAAUAUGAGAAUCGGCACCUCGGAUGCCGACCCAGCCGAUAUUGUCACCUCGUUCAGUAUGCCGAUCUUCAUGAUGCAAGAUGCUUCGGAGAGUAUCAAAGAGAUGAAGAAGAUCGGUGAAGAUAUGAAGGAGACACAUACGCAAAACCUGAUUAUCAAUAUCCUAAGCAUUGUCUUUGCUGUUAUUCCGUUUGCUGGCUGGGCUGUAACAGCGCUUGGGGGAGCUUCUCGCAUCGCUACUGCUGCACUCAUAGUUGGUGAAGGCAGCAACUUAGCCAUCAGUAUUGUCGAGAUUGUUGACAACCCCGAGUCUGCUCCCUUUGCUAUCCUAGGUAUGCUGAUUGGCGCAGCCGGUCUGAGGGGCAGCAUGUCGCCAGCCAAGGCCUUUAAGCAAGCUGCUGACGCCAGGAGAGCUUUGAGUGGGAACGAUAUGAUGGCCUAUUCACAACAGUUCCGUGAUAAGGACAGGCUAGUGCAGAAUAUCAUCAAGUCCUGCAACUUCAGUUAA